UCCCUAAUCAUCAGAAUAAAGGCAAAAUGUUGAGGCUUUCCUCUUCAAGGCCUAAUGUAACUAGAAUCCGAAAGGUAGCUGGCUCUCAAUUAGACUAAGGCUAACCCACCUCUUCUUCGAACUUCAUUUCGCAACGUUAUUCACGCGCGGUGCGCGUGCAUGCAUGACGUGUGAACGUGAUGAAUGAAGGAUAUCGCGAUAGCGCAAGAACGAUAUCUUCCGAAUCUUCCGAAGGGAGUGGCCUUUUUUGGUACUGAAUCCGCCGGAGGAGAACCAUAUCCGCCGGCGGAUUUGGUGCCUAGAACGGUAUCUGCCAGGCGCAGGAUCCGCCGGUACACCGGCGCGGCAGAGCCGCAGAGCCAAACUGAAACAUUCGCACAAUUUCUGCCGCGCCGGGGACAUGAGGGAUGGGUUCGUGCUGUUGAGAAGAAGGCUAAUCACGUUCUUUUGAGACGUUUCUUGCCGUGGACAGCAGCCAAUAUUUCUUUAAAUACAAUUCUUAAAAAGUAAAAAUGUACCAAGCUUCAGCAGAUUUUGUUUUCACCCUGGUUUACAUGCUUUUGUCGGCCUGUUUGGUUGUCCCACCCAGCGAAUUUCGUUCUGCUGGUCUUACCGUCCAGAAUGUGCUUUCAUCUUGGCUUGGGAGUGAAGAGCUGCAUUUUGUUCACUAUCACAUCAAAAGGACGACAGCAACUAUUAUUUUCCAUGCCCUUCUACCCAUAGGUUACUAUAUAGGCUUUGGUCUAGUCUGCCCAGAAUACAACCUUUUUCAACCAUGGACAGUAUCUUCCAUAUGGCUUGCUUACCUCAUCGCCUCAGUACUAGCCAUUGCCAUCACUCUGGCCAUAGCAUACUACUGGUCAAGGGAGCACUGGUCAAAGCACCCCGUUGCGACCACCCUCGGACAUCACAGCAACUCGUGGCGGGCAGUAUCGUCCAACGUCAGCAUCGAGUUUCGGCGGAUCAACAAGUUCUCCACCGGCCCACCAAGUUGUAGAGUUUACGUCACAGAUUCGUGGAUCAUCAGGACUUCUGCGUACUCAGUGUACUUCGCUCAUAAGCAGGACUGUCAUUUGAAUAUUCUGCAGAGUGUCGAUCAUGCUCUGUCCCAUGAAAGCAACACUGGUGUACAAAUUCUUACCAUUGAAGUCGUUAGCAUCAAUAGGAAUAUCAAGCCAUUUAAAAUCAGGUUAAACGCACUUGAUUUCCGAGACCUGAAGGACAAGGUUAGCAUGCCCAUCGUCAACGCUAGGAAUGUCGUCAUCCAGCAGACCUUGACCGAUAGGUUCCUUGAGGCAUUCAGACAACAGGUGGACACCAACCAAAGAUAUGCCUUGCCAGAUGGUGCACCAUCUCCUGAGACCUGUAUUGGCUGCCUGCAGACCCAAUCCAAUGUCAAGCUGGUGAAGCUGUGUGACAACCCAACCCAAGGGGAGUGCGUCCAGUGCUACUGCCGUCCUAUGUGGUGCCUAGAAUGCCUGUGUAAGUGGUGGGUGAGCAGACAGCAGCAGGAUAAACCAGAGACGUGGCUCGGCUCAAGGUCACCGUGCCCGACGUGCCGCUCAAAGUUCUGUCUCCUAGAUGUCUGCAACAUAGCAUCAUGACAGUCAGGGUUUGUCAGGAUGAGAGAUACAUAUCUUGGUGAAGUUAGGUUUGUGAAAACAUGGGUGCAAUGUAGUCUGCCGGUACAGACCCUUGGUUUUCGCAUAGUGCAUUAUGCAUCAUGCAGUGUCUGAAGUAGGAGACUAGAUUCAUUCAUGUACGGUCACUGCCAUUUGACACACACAUGGCAUAAGAAAUCUAGUCUCUACCCUAGACAUGGUAUUAUUUGUCAGUUAAAGUGCCCACUUUGAAUCUGCCCUUGCUGACAAGUUGCGAUAUGUCUCUUAGCUGUUUGAAGUACAGCUAGGAGUGGAUUAUUUGUCCAGAAAAGAAAAGAUCCAUGCCAUGUAGCAUUAAGAGAUACAAUCAAUUGUACAAUCAAUUUUAUUUUGUGAUAGACCAUUGAUUGAUAUCAAAUUGUAGAACUGAUUGUAUCCCUAUUUCACAAGACAAUGGUGAAGUGCAAGUUAAAAUACCUGAUGCAGUUGUAGUAUGUUAUUUUCUUUCAUUUAAAGUGCCACAUAUUAUUUGAUAUGGUUUAAAACAUCAUUUUCUUUCAUUCAUUCCCUUGUUUUUUAUUAUUUUUUUGUAAGUACAAUAUGUGUUCUGCGUAAUGUUCGAAGAAUUAUUUUAAAAGGAGAAAGGGCUCUUGCUGGUUAAUGCAUUGACUACUUAAUUCUGUUAAACUAGUUCCAGUAGGCAAUGGGAUAACCCAUUGACUUAUACAGGAACCACUUAGUUUCAGUAAGUAAUGUCCUAUUGAUAUUUCUUGGUUGAGAUGUGGCAUUUGUGACAGCUAUAUACAGAUGCUCGUCUCUUCUGAACAUUCCCCAUCAUAUAUUCCAUUUCUAAGACAGUGAUAUCUAUGCUGUGAUACUAUUUCUGUUGUACUUCACUUGUUAAGUGGAACAAUGCUUAUAAGUGUUAUCCUUUGAGAAUAAUUAAAGUCUUUAGGGUUGAUCAGAUAUAUAUUUUUUUUUUAGGUUUGGAUAACUCUGCCUAGAUAUUGGCUGAUUACAUGACCGAAUUGACCAAUCUCCAUUCAUCAGGCUUCUCGUUCCAAUUUACGAACGGCCAGAAAACGCUAUAACCUAAAAUAAUAGGGUAAAUGCUUUUUCACUUUCUAGUCAUAUCCCUAAUUACUAGGAACCCAAUUUUAACUUCUCUCCAGCUAUUACUGAGGCUCUAAAAUACCCUAUAAUAGCAAUGGCAACAGUGAUACCAAUUACUCUUAUUGUGGUUCUCAAGAUUCCCUAUUAUACCCUUCCGAUGUUCAAACUUAAUGGGACAAGGAUCAAUUCACAACCUGUGUCCAAGAUACACUCAACUUCAAUCCCAGCUAUCUUGAUUUUUUUUUUAAGGACUUCCUGCCACAAAUCUAUUGAUUUGUGAUUGUCUUUUUUUAUCAAAUGUUUUAAAUCUAUUUGGCAAUAAGUUCUGCCUUUAUUUGACAGAGAGUUCUUGAUGAGUGAAUGACAGUAAGGACUUAAAUAUGCCAUUCACUUGUUUGAAUCUUUGACUCGUCCUUUUCAGGAUCUGCCAUCUUUGGACAUGCUCUCCUGAAUCGACCAGUCUUAUCACAUCCAUAAUACCUUGUUGGUACCUUACAUAAGUUUCACAUUUUCAAUAUUGAAAGCUUGCAGAGCCAAUCCAAGAAGAAUGAAACUUAUUUCAAGUUGGUCGCCUUUUUCCAAACUGAAGAAUUGUGUUUUCUUGGCAUUCAGAUUCCAAGUUUCCAAGAUUUGCAAAUGUAUUGAGACUGUGGCGGGUCACUCCUGUGUCGACCUCAAUGUUCUUUGUACUCUGGGGCUCCUUAUUGGAUGGUAUUUUAUCUUGGUCUUUAAUUUCCAAGCAGUAUUAAAAGAAGUGAAGGAACAUAUUUGAAUACUAGAAAGUAGAAGAGGGAUCUACCUUUAAAUGUUUGUUUUGUUAAAGCAUAUAUGUACGGCUUGGGAAAUAGUUAUUAGACCAUACCAUAUGGGAGCUUAUUGAGAAAGUGGUUAAAUAAUUGUUCCCAAAAUGGCAACAGUGGAGAUAUCAUGUAGUGAAUUAGAAAGAGACACAGUGCAGGGCAUCAAUUGGUUCCACUUUUACUGAUGUUUUCAAAGCUUUCACACCAUUUAUCAAUGACACCAAUUUCAUAAAGCACAGGUGUUUAACCACUGGAUGUCUUGUAUGAUAUUGAUGGAGUCUCUUGCAGAAGUACUGCAAUCUGUAGUGUUGGUAUGAAGGAUCCAUAGAAGUCCAGUCACGAUAGCCACAAACAACUACCUGAAUAGUCACAUCUGGUUUCCUGAAGCAAUUUGAGAUGAAUUGGGAAAUCUCCAUAGAGUAAAGUUGUUAGCAGCCACACAUGUAUUCUGACAUCUACUUCUCGUGCAAGUGAUGUUAUUACAGACAUGAGCAGCUCUGAAUUCAGUUCUGAUAAUCAACCUGUUUAUGACAUGAAAUAAUGUUAAGAAAAUGACACCAAAAAAAAUUAUGAAAAUCAUCAUAACUAAUCUGUAAAGGGUACAAGACAAAUUUGUUUAGUUUUUCAGUUAGUAAACCUCACCAUGAGUUAAAUAUUUUCAUAUUCACUAUACUUGAGUUUACAUAUUCCUGUUUCUCCAUAGAUCAUACAACUGGUAACAGAUUUAUGAACAGCUAAGCUAUUCCUCAAAAACUUUCCCUGAAAUACUUCAAGUCACAUAAUAUCCUCAAACACCCGCAUUUCACUGGCAUGUAAAGGGGUCGACAGCACUAAUCCAUUCCCAAGAAAGUCCAAAUAGUGGACAUUCCAUUACUAUAAUUCAUUCUUCUAUAUUCUUCUGAGUUUCUGCUCCAACCUCUCUGACUCAUCAUUGUUAUAUGUACAUUGUAUAGUAGCUUGUAAUAGAGAAAGUACUCCGAUUUUGUGGAAUAAACACUUCUAGCUUACACAUCAA